AGCCCUAUGCAUUUGAUAGCAAAGUAAAUAUAGAGGCCAUUUCCCCUGACCUGUGAAGAUUUUACAAUGGAGAUUUCAGCCAUCACAGAGCCCUACUACAACAUAGUCACCAAGAAUGACUUCUUUCCUGGAAUCUUAUGUCUGAGCAUGGACGUGCAUGCAUUUGGAAUCACAGUGCUGACCCCACUGUACUCGUUAGUGUUCGUCGUUGGAGUGGCAGGCAAUGUCCUAGUGGUCCUGGUGCUCCUGAAGCACAGGAGGCUUCGAAGCAUGACCAGCAUCUACCUGUUCAACCUGGCCAUCUCCGAUCUGGUCUUCCUCUUCACAUUACCUUUCUGGAUUGACUAUAUAAUGAAAGGAGACUGGACUUUUGGUGAUGCUAUGUGUAAGUUCCUCUCUGGGUUUUAUUACCUGGGCUUAUACAGUUACAUGUUUUUCAUCACCCUCCUUACAAUUGAUAGGUACCUAGCCGUUGUUCAUGUUGUGUUUGCCCUGCGGGCCCGAACUGUCACCUUUGGCAUCAUCACCAGUAUCAUAACCUGGGUCCUGGCCACCUUGGCUUCCAUUCCUUGUCUGUAUUUUUUCAAGUCCCAGUUGGAAUUCACUUACCAUACCUGCAGAGCAGCUUUGCCCAAAAAGAGUCUGAAACAUUUUUUGAGGUUCCAGGCUCUAACGAUGAACCUCCUUGGACUAAUUUUACCUCUCUUGGCCAUGAUCUUCUGUUACACAAGGAUCAUCAAUGUUCUACACCGAAGACCCAAUAAGAAGAAGGCCAAAGCUAUGCGUCUAAUUUUUGUUAUUACACUUCUCUUCUUCCUCCUCUGGACCCCCUACUAUCUGGCUGCAUUUGCUUCUGCUUUUGAAGAUUUCCUAUUUAUCAGUGGGUGUGAGAGAAGCCAACAGUUGGACCUGGCCUUGAUGGUAACUGAGGCAAUUGCCUACACCCACUGCUGUGUCAACCCAGUCAUUUAUGUCUUUGUGGGUGAGCGGUUCCGGAAGUACCUCAGGCAGCUGUUUCACAGGCAUACUGUUAUACCGCUGGCAAAAUGGCUGCCCUUCUUCUCUGUGGACCGAACACAGAGGGCCAAUGUCAUGCCUCCAUCCACAGGGGAAAAUGAGAUCUCUGCUGGCUUCUAAUUCAGAUCUCUGAAUGCCAAUAAAGAUAGAUCCAGGAGAGAGUGAAAAGACAGUGUGACUCUCCAAAACAGAUACUGUCUGAGGUUUCAUUGCUUUGUAGAUCAGCUGGACUUUGCAGGUAGCUUAGCUAUAAGUCAACUCUUUAAUGUUUGCCAAGUCAACUUGUCAGAAAGAAGAUGUAUGAACACGUUAUGACAUUGCAAAGACAGGGUCAACAGGUUCCAGGGAAGGGCUUAGGCUCAACAAGAGGUAGGAGCUAUGGCCAUUAGGAUUGUCAAAUAAAGCGAACCCUACUUCCAAUGAU